UCCCCCUCUCAGAACACUCAAUGUCGGAACGUUCCGAAGAUGACGUCGGAGCGUUCUCGAAUCCCGUGUCUCUCGGCUGCUGCUGCCGAAGGAAAAGGGGAAAAGCAACAAGAAGGAAGAGCAAUGGCGACACUGGAUCGCAAAGUGCCCAGUCCGGAGGCGUUUCUGGGCAAACCCUGGUCCUGGAUCGACGCCGCCAAAAUACACUGCUCCGACAAUGUAGAUUUAGAAGAGGCUGGAAAAGAGGGUGGAAAAAGCAGGGAGGUUAUGAGGCUUAAUAAAGAAGAUAUGCACUUAUUUGGCCACUGUCCGGCACAUGAUGACUUCUAUCUCGUAGUAUGCAAUUUCUGCAAUCAGGUAGUCAAGCCCCAGGUUUUCCAGUCUCAUUGCGAAAGAAGACACAGUUCGAUGUGUAAACCUUCUCCCUCGCCAGCAUCACCACCCUCCAAUUCCAGGACAUCACUAUUACAAGUGAAAGCAAAAUCCUGUAUCAGCGGCCAUAACCCUGUCAGCAGCAACGCAAAGCCAUUCAAAACGCCCAAAGACAAUCUACUUACCUCCAGUAGCAAACAGCACACAGUCUUUUCUUCUAAAGCAUCAAGGGAUAAUAAACCAUGUGUUCCUGUUCCUAUAGUCAGUUUAGAGAAAAUUCCUAACCUAGUGAAGGCAGACGGUGCCAAUGUCAAAAUGAACUCAGCAACCGCUACUCCUGUGACCUCUGCCACCUCUUCCUCUGCUGUGCCUACCCCACCUUUAGUUAAACCGGUAUUGAUGUCCAAGCCGGUACCACCGUCACCAGAGAAGAUAUUGAAUGGCAAAGGAAUCGUAUCUCCCUCAGUAGACAAGAAACACCAAAAUGGCGCCAAAAGCAACAAGCCUUACAAGAGACUUUCAGAGAGAGAAUUUGACCCAAAUAAACACUGUGGAGUAUUGGAUCCUGAGACAAAGAAACCUUGCACAAGAUCACUCACCUGCAAGACACAUUCACUUAAUCAUCGGAGGGCAGUCCCAGGCCGGAAAAAGCAAUUUGACAUCCUUCUGGCUGAACACAAAGCUCGGUCCAGGGAAAAAGAGGUCUCUAAAGAUAAAGAGCAUCUUCCACCAUCAACAAGGGAAAUACAUCAGAACCAGCCUAUACCAGCACAAGACUCUCUUUUGGGAUCUUCAAUGAACUCUGGGCCAGAACUGAAAGUAGCAUCUCCUGCAAAAUCCAGACCACCCAAUUCUGUACUUCCUAGACCAUCAUCUGCAAAUAGCAUAAAUAGCACCACAUCUUCAAAUCACAGUGGGUAUGCACCCGAACUGCCUCUACCCUCGAUCGGAGGAGAUCUAGCCAGCCGGUUAUCCAGCGAUGAAGGGGAAAUGGAUGGAACAGAAGAGACAGAGAAGUUAGACUGUCAUUAUUCUUCCCAUCAUCCUCGACCUCUUGGGUUUUGUUCAUUUGGGAGUCGCCUCAUGGGACGAGGAUACUACGUGUUUGAUCGGAGAUGGGAUCGCUUUCGAUUCGCACUAAAUUCGAUGGUAGAAAAACACUUGAAUUCACAAAUGUGGAAGAAGAUUCCUCCUGCAGCAGAUAGUCCCAUGCCCUCGCCAGCAGCACAUAUCACCACCCCUGUUCCAGCAUCUGUUUUACAGCCUUUCAGCAACCCUAGUGCCGUGUAUCUUCCUUCAGCACCCAUCAGCUCAAGAAUCACUUCUUCUUACAUAAUGACAUCAGCCAUGCUCUCAAACGCAGCCUUUGUGACAACGUCGGACACGGGUUCCAUCGUGUCACACACCACAGCUUUCCCCCAUGUGGCUGCGACGCUAAGCAUCCUGGACCCAACAUUUAAGGCUCCAUCUGCUAUGUCCCCAGUGCCAGCUGUCAUCCCUUCCCCAUCCCACAAGCCAUCCAAAACAAAAACCAGCAAAUCCUCAAAGGUCAAAGACCUGUCUGCCCGUAGCGAUGAGUCUUCGAGUAACAAAAAGCGAAAGCCACAGUCUUCUUCCUCUUCCUCCUCAUUAACCUUGCAGACAUCUCCCUCGUCUUCAUUUUCAGGGCCCCACAAAAAGAACUGUGUCUUGAACCCAAUUUCAACAUUGAACUCCUAUCAGGCGACAUCUUCCUAUAACAGUCUGUCUGUGCACAGUACAAACAAUGGAACAAGUCCACUCAGUGCCAAAAUGGAGCCGUCAGGACGGACUUCACUGUCAAGUAGCUCCACAGACUCUGUAAAACAUAUGAGCGCAGUAGUCAGCAGUAUUGACUCCUGUAGCCUGACAGUGCCCUCCCUGGUGCACCACGCAGGGGAUCUGUCCCUGGCCGCACACAAUGCAGUGUCUUCUCUACCCCUUUCUUUUGACAAAUCAGAAGGGAAAAAGCGUAAGAACUCUAGUUCUAGUAACAAAGCCUGUAAAAUUACUAAAAUGCCUGGUAUGAAUAGCGUUCACAAAAAGAGCCCGUCCAGCCUUAUCUCGCCGGUGCCAGAUCCUGCUAACAGCUCCAUCGCUCGGCAGGUUGGAAAAAAUAGCAGUGUAGCUUUGUCACAAUCCAGUCCUUCAAGCACACCCAGCCUGGCACACAACCGACAGAAGACAGCAAACCGAACGGGAAGAAUAAGAACUCUCCCAUAAUGAGGAAAGAAACCAACCUUGGAUGUCCAAUCCCCAGCCACCCUAUCCCACCACAGGUGUUAGGGGGUUGGGAGGGGUGGGGUGGGAAGUAAUGGGAGGAGAGGUGAGUGUCUCUGCCCUACCUUUGUAAAAACAAUUGAAGGUUUACAAAAAAGGUGAAAGAAGAAAAAGUGAAUUUGCUAUUUCCUGAAAGCCGGAAUCGCGAUUUCAGUUGUUUUUGUUGAUUUAGCUUCACUCCUUCUCUGGCUUCUGGUGUUGCACCGCACCAUCAGCUUGUUAAAAUAAUUCAGAGCAGACACUCCAGAACCUCGGUUCCUGGUUGGCAUCUUCCUUAACUCUUGAAGCUCUCACACGUACACUACUUCUUUUUUUGUUUCUGUUUUUGUUUUCCUCCUCAUUCCCUCACACCUCCCAUUACUCUAUGUCCAACCUUGUCACUUUGGAGGGAGCUGGGUCUCAACUCGCUCCUGUAAUAUAGUGAAUGACGGGGGACACUCUGUUUGUGAGGGAUCUGGGCCACAGACCCAGUGCACAGGGAGCAGGUAGGAAUGAGAGGUUGUGUGAAGCUCUCGUUAAUCAGGGUUUAAGCUGCCCACUGGGGCAUGAGCCAAAUGCUGAGGGCAAAACUAGGUAUUUCGGUAUCAGCCACACCAAUGUUUCAGGAGAGUUGCUACCAACUUGAUGAUUUGCCCAACAUCAUUAUCUAGGUGUGCGGUUAGGAAAGGAUAGUUUUGGAAGGUGUAAUCAAGGGCUUCUUUCAGAGUAGAAGGAGAAGGGAGUUAAGUAUUGAGGGCAAUUGGGGACAGAUGGUCUGAGACAGCAAAGCAGGAUACCAUUAAGGGGAUGACACAUCACAUCCCACAUUGCUAAAGUUGAGGCACAUGUUGGGGAGAACUGCUCAAAGAUGCCUGCGCCACAGCUUGCCCCCACCAACUUGACUAUGAUAAUUCUGAAUUUUUUUAGGAGCCUAUCUCUUCCUCUGCCUUCCACUCUGGAAAAGCCCAUACUUAGUGUCCAAUAUGCAAGAACCCAAAGUUGUAGGAACCAAAAUAGAAAGGAACCCAAUGGGGAGAGACACAGAAGCAACUUCAGGAAGGGGCAGGGUUCCUGCAUGCUGCUAAAGUUUUUCUGAGUUUUCCACUGUAUCCCUCACCUGCAUCAGGUGGAAAAAAAAAACAAAACUAACCACAAGGAGGAAAGAGAAGUCUCCCUAGGGAAGGCACCUGAGAAGGAGGGGUCAGUACCACUUCAAUACCCUUUAUGGACAAACACAAGCAUUUCUCAGCCAACUUCCAUUCAGACAUAGAUCUGUGAACCCCUAGGCCACAGGGGGACCCACAGGAGGCACCACAAGACUACCAAAUAUGCACGUCCUUCUGACUUACCCCAAAUGGCCAGAUAUUGCUUGACACUCCUCCAAAGCUCAGUGCUCACCAGCCUUAAUAUGGCCAGGUUAUUCCUGUGACCCCUGGGGCAAUGUAAUAAUAGCAUCCCACUAUAUAGGAAAAGAGCCAGUGUGUUAGAGGGAAAGUGAAGCUCAUGAGAAUGUGCUGACUGGAAUUGGGGAAGAGAGUCAGGAGAUGUAAGGUCCAGUGGAAUAGGAAUUGUCCCUAGGGGCCAGUGGGUAAUCAUAGUGCCCUGAAGAAAUUCAGAGUCUUGAAUUAGGAUUUCUUGGUAUUGAUAAUAAAUUUAGUUAAUAAAAUAGAUGUUUGCUCAUUUCUUUAAUAUUAGACUAAUUUGGGGGAAUUAAGGACUAGAAAUGCUAUGAAGUCUCUGUUACCAAAUUAGACAUUAAUAACAGCCGAACCUGGGCACAAACACGUCCCCUGAAUUCUUCCUUCACCUUCCCAUCCCCGCCCCCCCACCCAAUGAUACUACUACUGUUGGGCUUCAUCACACAACUGGAAUUUGCAAAGAUAAAAGGCAAACCAAUUCGUUUGCAUCAAUGGAAUUGCACUGACAGUGUUUCUUAUAGGAUUACUAAAUUUUUUAUAUAUAAAAUAAAGAUUUUUUAAUCAGGAGUUGAUAAUAGGUACAGGACAUUAGUACAGAGGAUUUCAUUUUUAUUUCUACAGUGUUAAAAGUGCACUUAUAUGCUGGUUUAAUUAUGUCUUGGAGAAAAAGAAGAGACUGCAAAUAGAAGGGAGAUUGUUACUUUUUUCUUUUUUUAAAAAAAAGGCUUAAGACAGAUUUUAAGACUUAUAAAUGUUUAAGCAAUUAUAAUAAACAAGGCUAGACCCUUUGAAAAAGUUUAGAAAAUAUUCUUAAAAUAAAUUUUUAUAGUGUUAAUUUUGUAAUAAUUUAUGUUUUACUAUAUUACAGAGCUAACUGACCAGAAUAGUUUCAGAAACAAUAUGAAACUUAGGAAAGUUUAAGCAAUGUUUAUAUUUUUAAAAUGUUCUUUGAAUUAUGUUUUUAUUGUACAUUUCUUCAGAUUGAAAAGUGUGUACAUAUCUUUGUUAUUUUUGCACAAUUUUUUUGUCUUGUUCAGUUUUAGGAGCAGAAGUCUGUUUUUUUAUAAUUUAUUUUAAGUUGUAAAAUUUGCAGGAGUUCUUGUUUUUUUUUUUUUUAAAUCUCAACAACAAAGUAACCCUCUGUGAUUAAUGGACUGUUGCUACUUCUGGAGGGAAAGCAAAGGUUGUGAGAUUCAGUGGCUGCUUCUGAGAAAGAAAUUCUUGACAGUGACUAAAGGAGCAAUUAAUUACCAGUAGUUUGACCGCAUUUUUAGCUCUUUCCACACAUCUUUUCAUUGGGAAGCUGGAAUGUUGAGAUUCUCCAUCAAAAGCUGCUUACAUUUGUCAACUGGCUCAGAAUUAAGUGAUGGCAUUUCUGGAAAACUGAGCAUCCUGAAAACCCACGGUAUUUCUUCCUUCACAACAGAUCAGUGGUUUAUGUCCUAAUAUGUUAAGAUGCUCAGCCUGAAAAAAGAAAUGGAAAGAAAACAUUUUCUUUUGGGUUCUUAAUGGAGUUAAACUGGACCAGCCUGUAAAGCAUUAUUGUGUAGCAUCCAUUCAACCAUUAUUUUUCCACCAACAUUCAUCAACUUUCUUCAGCCCAUCUGUCACUGCGCGCCCCAGUCACCUCCACCUCCAUUUGCCUGAAGAUCUUGUGAUUUGUCUCCAGCAAUAGAGGCUCCGAAGCUUUGGUUGUUCCACAUACGCAAUGCAUAGACCUGUCAGCCAUAAAAAAAAAAAAAAAGCGACUUGGAUAACUUGUAUGCCUUCUUUUGUAUCAAUGUACCAAUUGUAAAUAAUGCUGAUCAACCUUUGUAGAGAAUAGUUUAUACAGCAUAUUCUAUUAUUGCUGAUUCUCAGUGAACUAUUGUUUUAAAAAAAAGAAAAAAAAAGAAAUUUUUCUAUUUACACCUUAUAUUUUGUUAUGCUGUCAACCCAUGGCACUUUAACAAAACUCUGUGGGUUUUGCAUAGCUGGUCAGUCAUGGGGUAUAUUAAAUACUGUUGUUGCACAGAAAAGAAUUUGCACCUGCUCUAUUGUGCUUUCCUACUACAGAUUUUAGAACCUUUUCCAGAAGACUUUUGAAGAAAGCAUGUCCAAUCAUUCAAAAAAAAAAUUAUAUGCCAUACUUGUAGAGUGGAUUUCUUUUCUACGAUCCAUAUUUUGUAACACUAAGUAUUUCCAUUCUUUGUCCCGCACCUUUAUGUAUUAGCACUAUCAGAUAGAAUUCAUUCCAUGCUUGUGAUAAUUGUAAGCAGAAUAAAUGUCUAAAGUAGGUGUAAAUAGUAAAUUCUAUGGCUUACAGUUUAAAAAAAAAAAAAAAGGAAAAACAGAACAAACAUGUAUCUGAUUGAUACUGCCAUGGUUCAUCACCGGGCCUGGAGAUAUUCUCUAGUGAGCGAUUGUAUUUUUUGUUUUGGGGCUUUGUUUUUUUGUUUUUGGGUUUUUUUGGCUUUUUUUUUUGUAACAUGGCUUUGUAAAUAAAAUAAUUUAUAUGUUUGUAAGAAAAAUGUGCUAUUGUUAUUUAUUUUUAUAUAAAUUAGACAUAACUGAUGCUGUUGUUCUUCCAAAAGCCCUUUUUAUUAGUCCUUGUAGAUUUGGGUUUGUCUUUUCCUGCUCUGAAGUAGCAACCCACAAUUCUGCAAGAGAAACCAACUAAAAAGACAAAGAAAAUGAAGUAUAGCCUUUCCAAAUGGGAAAGUUGUCUGUUUCUGACCUCUUUCCUAGUGAAACUAAAUCUAACCAUUUUAUUGCAUCAGGAUCAAAUAAGAAUGUAUAAAUUUCUCCAGAAAUUAUAAGACCAUGGAUUUGGGCCUAGAAGGGACCUACCUCCUAGGGCUUCUUGUCUCAUUCUCUCAUUUAUGUAAUGAAAAACUGAGACCAGAGAGAUGAAGUUAUUUCUUGGUCACACAUGUAGUAAAACUGGAAUCUGAACCCAGGCCUUCUUGACUCCAAGCCCUGUGCUCAUUCCACUGCCCCACUUUGAUGCUCAGCACAAACUAAUAGUUGUAGUUGAAGUUAUAGCUUACUUAGGCAAGAGAACCCUUGGGAAAAUCUAAGUCCCUAAAAUGUCUUUAACCUUCACCCCAAGAGAUACCUAACCCUGGGAUUUAUCAGCUCCAAUACUGAAUAUGCUGCAGCAGAGAAUAUUGAUGAACCUCUUACCAGCUUUUCUAUUACUGCUCCAAAUUCCUUGAGACAUCAUGGCUAAUUAAUGUCCAUGUCCCCUACUUGUGAGAUCUUGUGAAAAAUCAUGAACCUUAAUAGCAAAAACUACAUUGGAUUCCUAUUGUAAUCUGAGCCUCCCAGUGAGAGCCUUUGUACAACACUGAAGGUGGAAGUCCAGAAAAAACCAAAUCGAACACAGAAAGAUGGUAUUUUAACCUAGGUCUAUCCCUUAAAUGACUUAAAGUAAUGAUGUCUUACGUGAGUCAUCUAAAAUAAUUCAGUUCUGAUGUGUGUGUGGGGGGGGGUUCCCCUCCUGAUUGUGACUUCCUGAGGGGGAUGUGUAUUUAAGUUCUAAAGAAAUGUGAUUUCAUAGGUUUGAUUACUUCUCGGCUACUACAGAGUAUAUAACCCCUGCUUAACUUAGUAGACAUCUUCAUGAGUGGCUAUGAAGUUAAAUUUUUUAAUCCAAGUCCACAUUUAUCUAUAUUACAUUUCAUCUUGUCAAAUUUGGCCCACUGUUCUAGCUUGUUGAUGUCUUUUUGAAUCCUGGCAUACAUCUAUAACUCCCAGGAUUGUGUCAUCUGCAGAUUUGAUAAGCCAUCUUUGUCUGCCUCCAUCUCAUCCAUAUCAUUGAUAAAAAUGGUCAACAGUGCAGGAAUAAGGACAGAUUCCCCAAAGCAAUCCACUAAGACACUUUCUUCCAAGUUGAUGUCAUAACAUUUCUUUGGUCCUGCCAUUCAUCCAGUUCUGAAUCCACUCUAUGCUACUCCUAAUCCAUUUGUCUCCAUCUUGUCCAAAAGAACAAGAUGAGAGGGUUUGUCAUGCCCUUUGCUGAAAGGUGAGUAAAACUGUAUCCACAGCAUUUUCCUGAUCUACCUGUCUGAGAAGCCUGUCAAAAACAGAAAUGGUUAAAAUGAUCAUUUUAAAUGAAACUAUGCAGACUCUUUAACACUAUUUCCCUUUUCUAGAUGUUCACAAACCAUGGCUUUUCUUGAAUUUUGCCCAGACUUGCUGGUCUUGGUAACAAGCACCAUAGCUUCCAGUCUUCCCUUGUUCAACAGUCAAACACUUGCUCUUCUCCAGUCCUGUGGCAUCACGUUAAUUUUUUUUUUUUCAAAAAUCACACCAGUCAGGCAACAAGAAUUUACUGAGUACUUAUCAUGUUCCAGAAACUGCUAAAUGCUGGGAAUACAAAUGCAAACAGUUUUUUAGUACCCUGGGGUGUAGCUCAUUCAAGCCAAGUCAUUUGAACUUGUCAAGGCCACAAAGUUACUCUCUUACUAUUUACUUCCUUACCAUGGAUUUAUAUUCUCCAAAUAAGCAUUUUUAUUCUGUCCUUUAAAGGUCAUAUGCCCUUACUGAAAAAACCAAAAUAAAAUCAGCAUUGAGCAGUUCAGUCUUUUGGUCUUUGUUCUUGAUCAUGAUCCCCUCAACUCCCAAUGGUACUCCGGUGUUUUUGUUAUCAUUUAUCACCAAUCUCAUAUAAGAUCCUUAAGUAAACAUGUCAGACAUUUGCAUUCAACCACUAUUAUCUGCCCCAUGUGUGUUUUAAAUCUAAGUUCAUCAAUAAGUGCCCUCUACCUUCAUAUCAAGUCCUUUCAUACAGUUUCCUGCUUCUUUUUUGGAACUGCUUUUCCUUACGUCUAAAAAACAUUAUUCUGGGGCAUCUCCAAUCCCUCCUGUGCUGACUUCCUCUAGAGAAUUUAAGUUCAUGGAAUCUUCAUUCUCUGAAUCCAUUCAAAUCUGCUUUCCUCAAAUCUAGAGUGCAUGUCAGCAUAUGCUCUGCUUUCCUUUCCUCCUCUAUCAUGAAUCUAAAAGUGAAGUGGUCAUUUUGCCCCUAAAGUUACCAUCAUUUCAAUUUUAGCCCCCAGUUCCCCUUUCUGUUUUCUACACAUUUAGAAGGAUGAAAUUAUUGUCAAGAUAAACCAAGAAUUGAGUAGAUGCUCUGCUUUUGAUAUAGACAAAGGUCCAAAAGAUAUAGAGAAAACCAACAUCCCUUAUCAUUACUUUGUCAUUUUCCACUCCAAGCUUUAUGAUCUGAUUUCUGAAUUUAUCCAUUUCUUUCUAUCCAAGUGAUAUGGUAUAUUCUUUUCCAAAAAAAAAUAUUGUUUUUUACCAUGCUUUCCUCUUCCCGUUCCUGGAUUUCCUCAUGUGAAUAUAAUUUUUAAUAUGCAAUGCUACUACACUAGCUCUUUUAUCUAUUCUGUUCUUUGUUAAUAAGUUAUACCCUUUCAGAGCCAUAGUCUAAGUCAUGAGACCCAUCCCACUAAAUCUUAGUGAUAUAAGGGGGACUCUGGGUAUGGAAUAUUACAUAUAUUGUCAGAUAUGGUUGGUAUAUUGGUUGGUUUUGCUGAAUGUUUUUUUUUUCUUUUUAAUUUUUGUUAGAAGUAUACUACAAGAAGUUCCCCCUACUAAGGCAGGGGAAAGAGAAAGGAAAUAUACAGAAAUGCACUCAAUGUAUUAAAAAAAAAAAGCAGACCAGCAAAAAUAAGAUUCAUUUUUUAAAAAAUGUUUUUCAUCUCUAUAUAGACAAAUUGUUUCCUUGCAGUAAGAUCACUAAUCUAAUGUAUUUAAUAUCCAUACUUUCUAUAUGUGAGAGGCAGUGUAGAAUAGUGGAUAGAGUCAGGAAGAACUGGAUUCCAGGCCCUAUUACUUACUGGCUGUGUGACCCUACCCAAGUCACUUAACCUUUCAGUGUCCCCAGACAAUUCUUUUUAAAGCUGUAAAUUGUGGAGCAAGUGCCAAUCUUCAUUGGUUGAGAAAAUUUUCUUGCCAGAAGGUCCCUACAAAAAUUAAGCCAGUCAAAAAAGAAAACUAUGUGCAGACAUCCCAGGCCAUGGGUUUUUAUCACUCAUUCUUUUCUUGGAUUUUUGUCUCCAAAUUACAGAGAUUCCCUCCCUCAUGCUAUUCCUCUUCCUUCAUUGCAGUUGCCUACUCUCUGUUGUAUCUUGCUUGCUAGAUAGAAGCAGUAGUUUUCAUUCCCACUAUCCCUCUUCAGUUCAAAGUCCUCUCAGUUUGCAUCAUGUGGGCAAAAAUAUAUGUGUGUAUGUGUGUGCAUAUGUACAUAUAUGUGUAUAUGUAUAUAUAAAAUAUAUGUAUAUAUAUUUUUAAAACCUUCUUAUUAAAAUGCACAUGUUGAGUCGGGGAACCCUUUCAUGAAAUACAUUAGCAUGGAUCAGUUUAUUAGAUUAGUUGUUAACCGAGUAGAAAAUAAGAAAAUAAUCAGGGGAUAGACAAUAUGACAGAUAUUUCUUUCCCCUGGGGAAGAAGGGAUGGCUAGAGGUGUAAAGCAGAGGGGAUCCUAAACAACCAAAGACCAAUUCAACAACUAUUUAUUAAGUGCCUACUAACUGCAGUGGCAAACAAAAGCAAAGCAAAUACCUGAUGAUUUGAGGAGGAAGAAGGCUCUCUAAUAACUAGUGAAACCAGGAAAGGCUUACUUAAGAGGUGGCACUUGAGCUGAACCUUAAAAAAGACUAAGGAAGUAGUCUAAGAGCCAGAGGAGGUUGUGCACUGGAGGUAUGUGGGACAGCCUGGGCAAAGCUGGCCUUGGGGAAGAACAGCGAGAGGACUAGUUAGGCUAAUGUGGUAGGUGUGAAGGGCAGUGAGGGAAAAUAAGUCUGGAAGGAUAGGGUGAAGAUUUUUAAGGAGGGAGAAUUACACAGUCAGUCAUGGGCUUAUGGGAUUAUUACUUUGACACACAGCUUUGGUAGAGUGGAUUGGAAAGUAGAUCGUAGGACCAAAGAUUUAGAGCUAGAAGGGAUGUUCAAAGUCUUUUAGUCCAACUUCCUCAUUUUACAGAAGAGGAAACUGAGGUCCAGAGAAGUUAAGAAAAAGAAUAGAAGCAGGGUCACCAAUUAGUUGAUGAUCAGAAUAAUUCAGGCAAGAGGUGAUAUAAUAAUGUAACAGCCCUGGGAACUAAAGGUGAGGAAACACCUAAGACAAAUUUCACCUACUUUGCCAUUUUGCCCAGAGUCUAUCCAAUAAGUUAGUAUUUUCCCUGUUUUGUAUAAUGGAAAACCAGCAGAACAAGAUUUGAAAGAACUUGUCCAGAAACUACAAAUAGCAAUAUAGAAUUGUUGUGGGGGGGGGGGGAAUUAGGAGGAAGACGAUAGUAUUACUAGGUAUCUGUUUUCUUUUCUUUGUUUAUAAAGAUGAAUGUUUUAUGGAUGUCCUUUGUUUUUGUAGCAGUCAUUUGCCAUCCCUUUCCCCUAUCUGCUGAUCCCUUGCAACAAAAACAGUCAGCAAGCAUUUAUUAAACACUUAAUAUGUGCCAGGCAUUGUGUACAAACAAGCCAGAAAGUCUGACAGAAUAUGUAACAUUCUGAAACCAUCAUACCCCACCUCUCCAAGGAAAAGAGAGAGAAGUACUUCUCCUCAUCCAUUCUCUAGGGCCAAGAACAGAUCACAAUUACUCAGCAUUCAACUCCAUUUUAGUUUGCUUUUCAUGUGCAUUGUUGUAGCUAUUGUGCAUAUUGUUUUCCUGCUUCUGCUUACUUCACUGCAUUAAUUGAUGAAUCUCUCCAUGUUUCUUCAUUUUUAUCAGUUCUUAGGGUACAAUAAUAUGCCAUCAUAUAAAUAUAUCACAGUGCAUUCAUUGAUUCUCCGAUCAAUGGGAACCUACUUUGCAUCCAAUUUUUUUGCUACCACAAGAAGUGUUUCUAGGAAUGUCAGUAUAUACAAAGUCUUCCCUUUUGUCCUUGGCCUCUUUGGGGUAUAUGCCUAACAGUGGAAACUCUGGGUGUAGAGAGAUGCAAUCAACAACCACAUGAAAGUACGCCAAAUAACUAAUAGUAAGACAAACACAAAUGAAAACAACUCUGUAGUUUCACCUCAUACCCAGCAGAUUAGCAAAGAUGACCGAAAAGAUGGAAGCAGUCAGUGUUGGCAGUAAUGCAGAAAGGCAGUCACAUGGAUAGUUAAUGGCUCUGUGAAUUAGUCUGACUUUUCUGGAAAACAAUUUGAAAUGAUAGGAGAAGAGCCAGAGGCGCCUUUUCACCCACUGAUUCCCUGAUAGUGUUUGAGUAAUGUUAAAGCAUUUCAUGACAUAUUAUCCUAAAAAUUGUUCUACUAUGAACUAGCGGGUGCAUUGAACUCCUCAAAAUCUGUUUCUCCUUCAAUAUAACUAGUUACAGAAUUUUAGAGAUUGAAAGGAUCGACUCUCUUCGUUUUAUAAAUGAGAAAACCCAGGUCUAGAACAGAUCCAAAAGCUAGUCAGUGGCUGAGCUGGGACUAGAACUCAGGGGUCUUGACUUCUCUUCCAGUGUUUUUUCUCCUCCAUCACCUGGUCUCCUGCAGAAGUAAUCUAACCUCUACUUACAGAUUCUUCUUUGUAGGUUAUUAUCUCUAAGUGUUUCUAUGAAGAUAUUUUUAAAAAUAUAAUUUGCCUAUCACUUGGUUGGUUCACUCCGAUUUCAGUAACAUCUACAAUUUCUGUGCUUUACUAUUUCUAUGCAUCCAAUAGAAUGUAAGCUCUGUGAGGGCAGGGACUGUUUUGUUUUUGUCUUUGUAUCUCCCAGGACCUAGC